AUGGCGUCCACUUCAAAGCUCGCGCAGCGGGCCGCUGCGUCAGUGGCCCGCUCUUCGCGACAGCAUCUGGCAUCAUCAUCAUCUCGACUUCCGUCGCUUCUCGCUCAUGCAGUGCCAACUGCGUCGAAUGCGGAUCAGAAAGCCAGGAAAUUCAACAUAUGUAGGAGACCGUUCAGUACAUCACCAUCGACACGGAGAGUGCAGCGCCCCGCCUCGUCCGCACCUAUUCUCCCCAACGUCCGCCCAGACCACGAGAAGGACAACGAAGAGCUGCGCUCCUUAUUCGACGCACCACCGUCCUCCUCCUCGUCCAGCAAUCUUCGAUCCUCCGGGCCGUCAACAGGCUUGUUUGAGAUUCCAUCCCUCACGUCGCCGCAGAGCUUUCUCACGCUGGCGCAGCAGACGCUCGCACGGGCGCAGCUGCUCGUCGACCGUAUCGACCGUGCCGGCUCGUCAGACGUCAGUACAUCAGCCGGAAAAGCGGAGCUCAAGGAGGUCGUGCGCAAUCUCGAUCGACUCAGCGACCUCCUCUGUGGAGUGAUAGACAUGGCGGAGCUCGUGCGGAAUGCGCAUCCGGACCCGGAGUGGGCAGAGGCGGCCAAUGCAGCUUACGAGUACCUCUGCGGGUACAUGAACGUGCUCAACACCCACACGGGACUGUAUCGCGUGCUGAAAGAUAUUCUGUCCAACAAGGACAUUGCGGAUACGCUAUCAUCGGAGGCGAUAGCCGUCGCGCAGGUGUUUCUGCGCGACUUUGAAAAGUCAGGAAUCCACCUGCCACCAGCGGAGAGGGAGCGAUUCGUUCAGCUCAGUGAUGAGAUCCUUGUGCUCGGUCGAGGCUUUCUCCAGGAUAUCGCGGGAAACGAUGCAUCGGACGACUUUGCACGCAACGCAAGCGCCAAGACGGAGGUGGACAAGUCGGAUACGGUGGAGGUCCCAACACACUGGCUCGAGGAGGUCAACCCGACCGUGAUGAAGGCGAUCCGAGCAAGCGCUAUCACGGACCGCGAUGGGCUGCUCACCUUCUCCGCAGCCGAUCAGCCAUGGGUAUUUCAAACGCUGCUCAAGUAUGCACCCGACGAGCGAGCGCGAAAAGUCGCCUUCCGAGCCGCCAACUACGGCAGCCAGGCACAGGUACAACGUCUCGAACGACUGCUCAAGGCGCGUGCAGAGCUGGCAACGCUCACAGGAGCCGGCUCGUACUCGGAAAUGGCACUGGGGGACAAGAUGGCAAAAGAGCCACAGAACAUCGAAGAGUUCCUCCGCGCCCUCACCAAUCAUCAUCGUCCACGAGCUUCGCAGGACCUAGACAAGCUUCGCAAGCUCAAACAGAAAGCUUCUAUCACAGCACACGGAGCCAAGAGCGGGUCGAUGUUCAACCCGAACCCUACGCUACCGGCUUUUGCACCGUGGGACAGGGAUCUGUAUACCGAGCAGCACUUCCGCAGCCCGUCGUUGCGGAGCGUGCAGCCGCUGUCGCCGUAUCUCAGUCUAGGUUCGGUGUUCGCCGGCCUGUCGCGGCUCUUCUCGGCGCUGUACGGAAUUCGAUUCCGGGCGUCUAUGGUGGCCCCUGGCGAGGUCUGGAGCGAAGGACCGGGAGACGUGAUGAAGGUCGAGGUGUUGGACGAGCGCGAGGGUGCGAAAGGCACUUCUGGAUCUGCAGAAGGCCUCAUCGGGACCAUCUACGCCGAUUUGUGGAGUCGCGACGGCAAACCAGGCGGAGCAGCCCACUACACAGUCCGCUGCUCUCGUCGCGUCGACAAGGACGACGAAGCAGGUGAUUUCACCCACGGUCGCUCCGAAGACGGUCGCACCCUUCGACCGGAAGACCUCGGCGGCGAAGGCUACGGCAACCCACUCCAAGCGCCCACCUUUGAGCAACGCGAGCGACCCGGUCGGUACCAACUCCCCGUCGUCGUUCUUAUGUGCGACUUUGCGCGACCCGGCGGGGGCAACCAAGGCCCCUGCCUUCUCGGUUGGCACGAAGUCGAAACCCUUUUCCACGAGAUGGGCCAUGCGAUCCAUUCGAUGAUCGGUCGCACCUCGUACCACAACGUGUCCGGAACACGGUGCGCCACCGACUUUGUCGAGCUUCCUUCAAUCCUCAUGGAGCACUUUGUUCAGUCGCCGCAGGUCGUCUCGAUCGUCGCGCGGCAUCACAAGACGGGCGCCUCGCUGCCGUUCGAGCACCUCUCCUCGCACUUGGAAGCGUCCAAAUCGCUCGAAGGCCUCGACACGUACCACCAGAUCCUGCUCGCCCGUCUUGACCAGGCGUACCACUCGUCCGCCGCCGCAGCAUUCACCUUUGACUCCACCGCGCUCUACGCCGAGCUGGAUCGGGAGAUGGGUCUCCCCGGCGCAGCACAGCUGAGCUACACCGAGGGCGCACACCCACAAGUGCGCUUCGGCCACCUCUUCGGCUACGGUAGCACAUACUACUCGUACUUGCUGGAUCGGGUGAUUGCGAGCAAGAUCUGGAACCACCUGUUCGAGGGCAACCCGCUGGACCGGGACAAGGGCGAGGUGUUCAAGAUGCAGUGUUUGAAGUAUGGCGGUGGGCGGGACCCGUGGGGGAUGCUGGCGGAUGUGUUGGGUGCCGAAGAGGUGAGGGACGGGGAUAAGAGGGCCAUGCAGCAGGUGGGAAAGUGGGGCAUCGAAUGA